CUUCCCUUGGUGUUUAAACAGGAGGUAUUAAGGUGCAACUAUGUGGAAUAGCCCAGUAUGGUAACCUCGUUGGAAUUACCAUUGGAUACACAAUUACUGCAUCUAUCAGUAUGGUGGCAGUAGUAAGGUCAAAUUGUUUCCACAAAAAGGGGCACCAAGCCAGCUGCUCAGUAUCAAAUUACCCUUAUAUGAUUAUCUUUGCAGCUAUACAAAUAGUUCUUAGCCAAAUACCAAACUUCCAUAAGCUUUCAUGGCUAUCCAUUCUUGCUGCAGUUAUGUCUUUUGCUUACUCUCUUAUUGGUCUUGGACUUUCCAUUGCCAAAGUUGCAGGUGCAGGGCACCAUGUAAAGACAAGCCUAACAGGGGUACAAGUAGGGGUGGACGUGUCAGGUUCAGAGAAACUUUGGAGAAGCUUCCAAUCCAUUGGAGAUAUUGCCUUUGCUUAUGCUUUUGCCACCAUUCUCAUUGAAAUACAGGCAAGAACUAAUUCCUUCUUCAAUCUUUAGGAUUCUAUACAACGA